AUGGUGGUGGCUCGAGGUAAGAAGGAGGGUACACUGUACAUGAUCGUGAACAGCCAUGAUAGCAUUGCACUUGCUAGUGCAAACAGCAAUGCAGAUUUGUGGCAUUGUAGGCUUGGCCACAUGAGUGAGAAAGGGAUGAAACAAUUAUGUUCAAAGGGCAAACUAUCAGGUCUAAAAACAGUUAAGCUUGGAUUAUGUGAGGAUUGUGUAUUCGGGAAGCAGAAAAGAGUUAGUUUUUCGAAGGCUAGUAGAACUUUGAAGGAGCAGAAGUUGGAGCUCGUACAUAGUGACUUAUGGGGAUCAACACCGAUCACAUCUCUUGGUGGCGCAUCAUAUUACAUGACCUUCAUUGACGACUUCACGAGGAAGAAAGUGGAAAGCUUUGGUAGAAAAUGA